AUGUUGUGGACAUUCCUGUGGCAGGAGGAAUUGCAGGCUAAAGACCAGCUGUGUAAAAAGACAGAAGAGCAGGUGUUAAGUCUCAGGAAGGAGUCACAAGCUGCUGUGGAAGAAUGCAGGUCAUUGCGGACAAAGUUGCGACUUGCAGAAGAAUCACAGGAGGCAGCUCGUAAGAUGGAGCAAGACUAUGAAGAAGUUGUUGCUUUACUGGAAAAUGAAAUCACCCAGCUUCGUCUACAAAUUUCCAAGAGUGAUGCACUGAAUGCGCAAAAAAGAUUAGCAGUGCUAGUUUGUCAAUUAAAAAAGGCAGAGGCAGCUCAGAGGACUUAUGAAGUGGCCACCAAUACCCUACUUAAACAUCUCCAGCAUGUUCAGGAUGCACUGAUGUCAUCAGAUAGUGCUUUCUCUUGGAAUGGUGAUACAGAGAAAGGAGGCAGCUUAGGGAAGAAAAAGAAAAAGCAUAUGAUAAAAUCUCUGGUCUCAAAAGGACAUGAUGUCCUCACAUCUGUUCGCUCCCUGAUUGAACAAUCACCAUUGCCUUUUGGAUGGGAAGAAAGCUAUACAGCUGAUGGUGUACGAUACUAUAUCAACCAUGUUAACCAGACCACUUCCUGGACUCAUCCCAUGUCUGGGGUUGAACACCAGACAUGUGCUACAAAUGCAGAAAGCAGUGGCACUAUUUCAAGACCUCCACCCCCACCAGUGGUGGAGAAUAUACAGUGA